AUGGCCCAAGGGCGGAGGCCGCGGACGGCCAUCUUCUUCCCAGGCCAGGGCACGCAGAAGGUCGGCAUGCUCACCCCCUGGCUCGAGGCCUUUCCCUCGACCGCGUCGCAGCUCGUCCAAGAGAUGGACCACCACGUCGGCUAUAGACUCUCCGACGUCAUCCAAAACGGCCCCUCAAAGGUGCUCAGCCAGACGACCAUUGCCCAGCCCGCCAUCAUGGCCACGUCCAUCUUCAUCCUGCGCAUUCUCGAGCGCGAAUACGACUUUCGCGUCGCCGACCACUUCGACGUGACACUUGGCCACUCACUCGGCGAAUUCGCCGCCCUCGUCGCCGGGGGCUACCUGACCUUUGAGGACAGCCUGUAUCUCGUGCAGCAGAGGGCCGAGGCCAUGUCCGAGGCGACCAAGCGCGCGAUACAGGAAUACGGCGGCGAGUAUGGCAUGGUGGCCGUCAUCACGGAGCCCGAGUACCUGGCGGCCCUCAUCGACGCGAUCCGCGACUUUGUCGGGCACUCGAGCGCCGGCAGCAAGGCCGAGAGCAGCGAGGACGUGCCGCCCAUCGAGCAGGUGCUCAUCUCCAACAUCAACAGCAAGAACCAGAUUGUGCUGAGCGGCAACAUGGAACGCAUCAAGACGCUCAUCGCCCACGUGCGCCAGUUCCUGGGCCACGACCCGCGCGCGGUGCGCCUCCACAGCGACAGCCCCUUCCACAGCCCCAUCAUGAAGCCCGCGGUGGCGGUGAUGCAGGCGCUCCUCAAUUCUCAGAGCCGCGUGCCCGGCCGCGCCGACAUGGUGACGUUCCCCGCGGCUCUGCCGUGUAUCAGCAACGUCAGCGCGCGGCCCUUUGCCAGCAAGGAGGAGCUCAAGGAGCUGCUGGCCCGGGGCUGCCUGGAGACGGUGCGCUGGUGGGACAGCAUCAAGUACCUGGACCAGGAGGAAAAGGUGCGCCGCUGGGUCGGCAUCGGGCCCGGCAAGGUCGGGCGCAACCUGGUGGGCAAGGAGGUAGGCGUCAGGGGCCGGGACCUGGUCAAGGGGGGAGGCGUGUGGGCGAUUACGGACCCGAGCGAGGUGGAGGAGGUGCUGAGGGGGCUCGAGGAGACGGCCGGGCUGGUCGAUGAAGAGGAGUGA